AUGCACCUCACGCAGGGCUGUUGGGCUGAAGAUAUUGUUGGACGAACUAUGGCGACGUUUACGGCUUUGAAUGGAGGUGAACAAAAAGGUAUCGAGAGGUCUGGAAGCAGCCCUACCUCGAUACGAGCUACCUCCGAGGAACGACCCGCUCGUCAAAUGAUCACCCACGAAUCCAAAGUUGGAGAGACUUCUACAAACCAAAGAGAGCACUGGUCGGGGCUAAAUUCCGAGCGCUCAUCUUACCAACCUACUAACUAUCCAGAUGUUGAAGGUGCGCAUAAGCGCAAACGCUCAAUCUCAGAUGAGCCGCGUAGAGAUGGACUAAUUGCUCGAGAGCGAGAGCAAGCACCUCAAGUAGAAUCACGUGAAUCGUAUUCAACUCCGCAGAGAGAUCGGGAAUAUAGGCACUAUGGUGAGGAGAGUCGGGAACAUCACGAGUCCUGGUAUCCGCGGCAAGGGCAUGCAGAUGAGCGUAGCGCAUACGACCGGCAGAGUCCCGCUGGCAUGGCUCCCUCGCCGACCGAUGAGCAGCUCGGCGAUACACUUCGAAGAGGAACUUCCCAUAUGGAAUCUCAGCACGAUUACACAGCGACGAGUCCGGAUGGUGAUGAUGGUUCCACACUCUACGGAAGUGGCUCCUAUAGCCAGGAACAGAGGAAAGGUGAUACUAUGAUACAGUCAGAUCCCAAGAAGAGGAAGCGGAAUUUUAGUAACCGGACCAAGACUGGGUAA